AGUCUGUCCCAAAUUCAAGCACUAGUGGAAAAAAAACACAGAGCACAAAGUGGGUGCCAACACAGACAGAUUAUUUCAUUAAUUUUGCUGUAUUCCUAGACUGAAACGAAAAUGACCAACCAAUCUCUUCAUGUCAACAUUGACAAUUGGAUUGAACAAAAUGAAAGAUCUUUUCUACCACCAGUGUGCAACAAAUUAAUGUUCUUUUAUCAGUUGAAUAUUAUGUAUGUUGGUGGUCCAAACACGAGGAAGGAUUAUCACAUUGAGGAGGGUGAAGAGCUCUUUUACCAGGUCAGGGGUGACAUGGUUCUGAAAGUGAUAGAGAAUGGCAAGCAUAAAGAUGUACAUAUCCGAGAAGGAGAGAUGUUCCUGCUUCCAGCACGGAUUCCACACUCCCCCCAGAGACAGGCGAACACAGUGGGGCUGGUGGUGGAGAGGAGGAGGCUUCACUCAGAGACGGAUUGCCUGAGGUACUUUGUGGAUAAUAGUACUGAUGUCUUGUUUGAGCGUUGGUUCUACUGUGAGAAUCUUGGAACCCAGCUUGUUCCCAUCAUCAAAGAAUUUAUGGAUUCCAAGCAGAAAAAAACAGGAAAACCAGACACAGCUGAACCAAUCACACCAGCUCCAUACCCACUCAACACCAUGAAUGUGAUGACACCAUUCUGCUUCAGAGAGUGGGUGGAGAAGCAGAAGCCUGAGCUGUCUAAUGGUCAGCCAAUGGACAUGUUUGGAGCACAGUUUGAGACUGAGACUGUGCUCUUUGGUCCUGGGACGUCUGAAACUUCAAGAAGACAGACCGAUGGCUGGAUCUGGCAGCUGGAGGGUUCAUCCAAUGUAUUCAUGAAUAACAAGGAAUACAAACUCUCUGGAGGAGAUUGUCUUCUGAUUCUUGAAGAGACAGAGUAUCAGUGGAAACGAUCACAUGAUUGUGUUGCUUUGUUUGUUGCUCAAGACCCAGAGCGGAAGAGACCUUUUUGAGACAUAUAAACACAUUGUACAAAGUACAAACUUCUCAAAAAGUACAAAGUAACAAUGUACAAAUUCUUAAGUCUACACCAAAAUAUAAUAUUCAUAAUGACCUCAUAUUCACACAUUGUUACUUAACAGGAUAGAAGAGUAGUUAAGAAAUGCUUUAAAAAAUAUUCACAAUGUGCCAAGAAACUGUCCAGAUUCAUGCUUUUAUCAUUAUAAGAUGCUCUAAGCAGAUAAUAAACUCUCCACAAAGUGUA